CUUAUGAGUCUCUAAUCACGAGCACUCCCUUCAACUUUCCUUCUCCGGUGCCCUGGACUACGACGGUGCUCUCGGCCUCACCAACCCACCUGAAGAUCACGCCAUGUUUUCUUCUUUCGCGCAAGAAAGGUUCUACGUUCACCCGGAAAUUGACCCUGACGAUGGCCUAGAAACACCCUCAAGUUCUCGAAGUGGCGACUCUUACACAGCCUCACCCACGGAUCACGCAAGUUUAGAAGCCUCUAACGGCACCUCAAGGCCUGGUACUCCUGACCAUUGCGAGCAUACCAAGGACGAUAUGGCUAUCUCUAACAGACCCUCGCGCCAUGUUGACUAUCUAUCCCACAAUUGGAGGGAGGAGGAUAUUUGGUCAUCAUGGCGAUACAUUGUGAUGCGACGAGGAGAUUUGCCCAACAGCGUACGAUUAGAAAAUGCUGCUUGGAGAACGUGGAUUAAGGCCAAGGACAAUCUGAAAACCAUUUCCCCUGUAACACUUGACUGGUUUGUAUUCCUGAAGUUUUACGUAUAAUACUAAAUAUUAAUAAAGUAUUAUAUCUUUUAAUAAUAGAUUUAAUAUAUAUUAG